AUGGAUGGAAAUACGCUUAUAGUGGACGGACGGAAGCUCCACCAGCCCUUCGUUGAGAAGCCGGUUAGCGCAGAGGACCACAACAUCUACAUCUACUUUCCCAGCACCUCCCUGGAAGGCGGCGGGGGCAGGCGCCUGUUCCGAAAGAUUGGCAACAAAUGGACAACAAACAGCUACAUAUACGAGCCAUUCCUGGCAGCGGACCACGAGCAGGAUGUCAAGGCCUAUGCCGUGGGCCCUCGCUAUUGUCUGGCAGUCACGCGAAACUCUCCGGCGGUUACCGGCAUAGUCCAUCGGAAUGCAAAUGGCAAAGAAAUAAGGCAGAUCACGGAGGUCAGCAGGGAAGAAUCACAGGCUGCGGCUAAAAUCUCUCUGGGGUUUGGCCAGGCCGUCUGCGGGUUCGACAUUGUUCGGAAUGGAGGGAAGAGCUACGUGAUUGAUGUCAAUGGUUGGACAUCACUAGAUCUGGAUAUGGAACAGCUACAUGGUCUUGCUAGUGGGAGAAAGGCCUUGGGCCCUUCCUAUCCACUCGAGUAUGGGCUAUGGCGAAGUCUACGCGCUACCAUUAAGCGGAUUCGGAUGUUUGACGAGGCCGACUACAAGAAUGUUGAUAACGCUUGUCCACCAAUGUAG